CACAAUCUCUGGUGAGCGUAAGUAAGAGGAUCCAGCACACAGACAGAGGCAGUGAAAGAGAGAGAGAGAGAGAGAGAGAGCAAAUGGCAUUCUGGUAAAUAUGGCCCCAGUCCCAUCCCAGAAAACAACUUUCGUUUGUGUGUAUCCGUUGAAACCCCACUUUCCACUCUUCUCAACGCCAACGCUGGCCUCUGUUCCCCUUCUUUUCAAUGCCUAUAAUAAUAACUUGUCCUAUUUUUUCAACCAUGUCAUCCCAGUAAGCAAUCGCUGUUAGUAACAUAGCCUCUAACAGAAAAACAAGUAGUCAUCACAUGCCCACAGCAAUGACAGAGUCAGGGCCAAGUGUGAGUUUGAAGCUUCUUGCUUUAGUAGCUAUUCUAGUCGUCUUCUCGCUGGUGAUUCUGCUUCUGAUCUUCUUCCUCUGCUUCCGAGGUAGCCGUAGCUGCAAGAAGCGGAACCUGGCCACCAAGCACAGCUCAGGUAGCAUCCCUCUGGUUUCGAAGGAGAUCACCAUGGUCAGGGCCUCGGAUCUCACCCCUGCCACCACGGCCAUUGCCGUUGACGUGGACGGUGAUGAUCCGAAGAAGAAGGAGUCGGAGAUCAAGGUUGAAAUUGGUGGUGGGGGCCACCAGCGCAGCAACCAAGUGUCGGUGGAGGAUCCUGAUAUAGGGUGGGGCCGCUGGUACAGUAUUAGGGAAGUGGAGCUCGCCACGCGCGGGUUCUCGGAAGGGAAUGUUAUUGGGGAAGGAGGCUAUGGCGUUGUCUACAGAGGUGUUCUGCACGAUGCUUCCGUCGUGGCUGUCAAGAAUCUUCUCAACAACAAGGGUCAAGCUGAGAAGGAGUUUAAGGUGGAGGUUGAAGCUAUUGGAAAAGUAAGGCAUAAGAAUUUGGUUCGUUUGGUAGGAUAUUGUGCAGAAGGUGCUCGAAGGAUGCUUGUUUAUGAGUAUGUUGACAACGGAAACUUGGAACAAUGGCUGCAUGGUGAUGUAGGACCAGUUAGCCCCUUGACAUGGGAUAUUCGAAUGAGAAUUGCUAUUGGGACUGCAAAAGGGCUAGCCUAUCUGCAUGAAGGUUUAGAACCCAAAGUUGUGCACCGGGAUAUAAAAUCCAGUAACAUUCUUUUGGAUAAAAACUGGAAUGCCAAAGUAUCAGAUUUUGGACUAGCCAAGCUCUUAGGAUCUGAGAAAACACACGUGACUACGCGUGUAAUGGGAACAUUUGGAUACGUUGCACCUGAGUAUGCAAGCUCGGGUAUGCUUAAUGAGCGCAGUGAUGUAUAUAGCUUUGGAGUUCUUCUCAUGGAGAUAAUCACAGGAAGAAGCCCCAUUGAUUAUUCAAGACCACCUGGAGAGAUGAAUUUGGUAGAUUGGUUUAAGGCAAUGGUAGCAAGUCGUCGCAGUGAGGAGCUAGUUGAUCCUUUAAUUGAGAUUCCUCCCCCUCCAAGAUCUUUGAAGAGAGUUUUAUUGAUUUGUCUGCGCUGUAUAGACAUGGAUGUCGUAAAGCGACCAAAGAUGGGUCAAAUUAUUCAUAUGCUUGAGACAGAUGAUUUCCCCUUUCGUUCUGAGCUACGUUCAGUUAGAGAGAAAGAUCCUGUGCCUUCUCAUGCGGACGUUUCCAUUAAAGUUCCUUAUCCACCACCAAAGCAUGCAGAAACCGUAGAAAAAUCAAGAUGGAGAUAAUUGUUUGUAAUGUUGGUCAUGCAACUUUGGGGAUCAAUCUAUUUGUAUAAGGAUUUUCGUGAUGUUAUGAACGAGUUUUGAGUCUCUGUGCAUAUCUUAUACGUUGUAGCUUUUUCCUUCAGGUUUCAACACCAUUUUGUUGUAUUGCAUUAUCUUGGAACCGAGAAGAGCAUGGCUUGUAAAUACGCACCUCACUAUUUGUCAAUUUUUGUCUGCUUGUGGAUACAUUCAAGGAACUUAAGUGCAUGUUUGUAUU